CCCCAACUCUCUCAUCGUAAAUUACGCUCGGGGUUUUGAUUCUGACACUCAUGGAUGCUCUCGAUUUCUCUAUACCACGGUGUUGAUCUCUCGUCAACCCCCAAUCUCUAUCAAUAAACAAAUUAGGGGUUUCGAUUGAGCUGUUUAGCAGUUUCAGAAGGGUUUUUAUUUUUUAUUUUUUUUAUUCUACAAAUCAAAAUUGAUUGUGUCGUUUUUGGGUUUGUUGUUGGUCAUCAAUAAUAUGGAGCAAGAAUCACAGAAGAAUUUGACCCAAUCCUCGAAUUCUCCUAUGUUCUGCGCGAAUAAUUGUGGGUUUUUCGGAAGCUCAGCGACGAAUAAUCUCUGCUCGAAAUGUUUCAAAAAAUAUCUUUUGAAGCAAUCCAACGCCUGUUCGGUGUUGGAAGAAAGUAAAGUUAGUGUGGAUGAUCAAGUAGUAGAUGAAAAUUCGAGACUGGUUGAAGGAGUUGAAGAAGCCAAGGUUGUGGAGAUUGAGGAGGAAAGUAGUUCGGAGAAUCGGGCUGCGAAUAGGUGCAGUUUUUGUAGGAAGAGGGUUGGAUUAACUGGGUUCAAGUGUCGGUGUGGGCUGACAUUUUGCUCGAUUCAUCGAUACUCGGACAAGCACAACUGUGUUUUUGAUUACAAGAGUGCUGGGCAGGAUGCUAUUGCGAAGGCGAACCCGGUUGUGAAGCCAGACAAGGUUGAGAAGAUCUGAUGGUGAUGGUGGAUUGCUCAUUCGUUCGUGGGGAUAUCAGCUAUGUAAAGUAUGGUUUUAAGUAUAAUGGGAUGCAUUAGGAAAUAAAUAUCUAUGUUUAUUGUGUCUGUUUAUGUACAGUUUGGUUGUUUUUAAUGCAUUGUCAAUUAAUGGUAUUUGAUGUGAGAAAUGUGAGUUCAAAUCUUGAUUAGUGA